AUGCCAGGAGACUAUGGCAGCUCAUCCACCUCAGGAGACUAUGGCAGCUCGUCCACUCUAGAAGACUAUGGCAGCUCAUCCACUCUAGAAGACUAUGGCAGCUCGUCCACUCUAGAAGACUAUGGCAGCUCGUCCACUCUAGAAGACUAUAGCAACUCAUCCACGCCAGGACACUAUGGCAGCUCGUCCAUGCCAGGAGAAUAUGGCAGCUUGUCCACUCUAGAAGACUAUAGCAGCUCGUCCACUCUAGAAGACUUUGACAGCUCAUCCACACCAGGAGACUAUGGCAGCUCAUUCACACCAGGAGACUAUGGCAGCUCGCCCAGGCCAGGAGACUCUAGCAGCUCGUCCACACCAGGAGACAAUAGCAGUUCGUCCACGCCAGGAGACUAUGACAGCUCGUCCAAACCAGGAGACUAUGGCAGCUCAUCCACACCAGGACACUAUGGCAGCUCACCCAGGUCAGGACACUAUAACAGCUCGUCCACACCAGGAGACUAUGGCAGCUGGCCCAGGCCAGGAGACUAUAGCAGCUCGUCCAUACCAGGAGACUAUGGCAGCUCAUCCACACCAGGAGACUAUGGCAGCUCACCCAGGCCAGGAGACUAUGGAUACUAUGGCAGCUCGUCCCCGCCAGGAGACUAUGGCAGCUCAUCCACUCUAGAAGAUUAUAGCAGUUUGUCCACUCUAGAAGACUUUGACAGCUCAUCCACACCAGGAGACAAUGGCAGCUCAUUCACACCAGGAGACUAUGGGAGCUCGCCCAGGCCAGGAGACUAUGGCAGCUCGUCCACUCUAGAAGGCUAUGGCAGCUUGUCCACGCCAGGAGAAUAUGGCAGCUUGUCCACGCCAGGAGAAUAUGGCAGCUCGUCCACACCAGGAGACUAUAGCAGAUACUAUGGCAGCUCGUCCACACCAGGAGACUAUGGCAGCUCAUCGACGCCAGGAGACUAUGGCAGCUCGUCCAGGCCAGGAGACUAUGGCAGCUCGCCCAAGCCAGGAAACUAUGGCAGCUCAUCCACUCUAGAAGACUAUGGCAGCUUGUCCACGCCAGGAGAAUAUGGCAGCUUGUCCACGCCAGGAGAAUAUGGCAGCUCGUCCACACCAGGAGACUAUAGCAGUUCGUCCACGCCAGGAGACUAUGACAGCUCACCCACGCCAGGAGAAUAUGGCAGCUCAUCACACCAGAAGACUAUGGCAGCUCGUCCACGCCAGGAGACUAUGGCAGCUCAUCCACACCAGGAGACUAUGGCAGCUCGCCCAGGAGACUAUGGCAGCUCGUCCCCGCCAGGAGACUAUGGCAGCUCAUCCACUCUAGAAGAUUAUAGCAGUUCGUCCACUCUAGAAGACUUUGACAGCUCAUCCACACCAGGAGACAAUGGCAGCUCAUUCACACCAGGAGACUAUGGGAGCUCGCCCAGGCCAGGAGACUAUGGCAGCUCGUCCACACCAGGAGAAUAUGGCAGCUUAUCCACGCCAGGAGACUAUGACAGCUUGUCCACGCCAGGAGAAUAUGGCAGCUCGUCCACACCAGGAGACUAUGGCAGCUCGUCCACUCUAGAAGGCUCUGGCAGCUUGUCCACGCCAGGAGAAUAUGGCAGCUUGUCCACGCCAGGAGAAUAUGGCAGCUCGUCCACACCAGGAGACUAUAGCAGUUCGUCCACGCCAGGAGACUAUGACAGCUCAUCCACACCAGGAUACUAUGGCAGCUCGUCCACACCAGGAGACUAUGGCAGCUCAUCCACGCCAGGAGACUAUGGCAGCUCGUCCAGGCCAGGAGACUAUGGCAGCUCGCCCAAGCCAGGAAACUAUGGCAGCUCGUCCACGCCAGGAGACUAUGGCAGCUCAGGCCAAGACUAA